AUGACUUUUGGUGCAAAGAACGGCUGUGAUUGCGCUGGUUUGGAAGUCCAUUUGGAAACGCCUCUCUCUCUUGCAGGAGACUCAGCAGCCUCCGUGGGCCUGCAGUGCGUGUGUGUGUUACCCAGCUAUGUUAUGAACUGCAGCUGGUCUGCUCCAGAGGUUAACUCCGCCUACCGUCUCUUCUACGAGAGCCUUAAAUACGAACCCGGGAAGACCCGCAGAGAGCAGGUGCAAUGGGGACAGAACUGGCUGCUCAUUGCAAGAGACCAGUUGAUUCGGGGAAACGCCUACAGCGUGUGGCUGGAAGUUCAACGUGCAGAUGGGGUGGAAGCGUCUGAAAAGAUCAACUUCGUCGUGGAAGAAAUAGUGCAACCCCCUCCUCCUGAGCUGGACCCUGUGGCGGUGAGUUCCUCUGGCGCUGUGGUGCGAUGGAGGAACCCGUACUGGUUGGAACACUUUGCGGAUCAGUCUCUGGUCUGUGAACUUCGGUACAAGGCAUCCGAAGAUGUUGUGUGGACCCAGCUGGAUUUGGACCACGAGGACCUCUCCCAAGAGGACCCUGAGCUGACAGACCUGGAUCCCUUCACUUCCUACGAGGUGCAAGCCCGUUGCGUCCCAGAAGACGGACAAGGUUUCUGGAGUGAAUGGAGCUCUUCCCAAACCUUCAGAACCCCCGAAGCUGCUGCUUUGGGCCAGGUGGAUGCGUGGCGGAACAUUCACCUUUCGGAGAAUUCGGAACCGAAGCUCCACCUUCUGUGGAAGCCUCUCGAUCCAAAGACAGCCAGAGGGGACAUCCUGAGCUACACUGUGGACUUCUGGGACCGCCAAAAGACUGCCGUGGGCAAUUUGACAUGUCUGUGCUACAGCGUUCCUGUCCCUGCCGCUGCCAGCUAUGCCCAGGUCUCUGCUUCCAAUUCUGCUGGCAAGACCCAGCCGACCACCCUCAGCUUGGAGCAGGCGGACCUCCCCAGCCCUCAGGAGGUUCGAGUCCUACCUGCAGAGAGCCUGGGUUUCCGUGUGACUUGGACCUUCAGCCCCAGCCCAGGGGGGGUUGAACCUGAACUGUAUGUGGUGGAGUGGAGAGAAGAGAUUUCCGGGGAGCUGCUGGGCUGGAUCCGCUGCCCUGGGGGCAACAGGAGUGCCCUUCUAAAAGGUGACUUCAGACCCCGGGAACCCUACCUGGUGUCUGUCUACGCGGUCUACGCUCAGGGAAGCAACUCCUCGGCUCCCGUUCAAGCCUACAUCCAGGAAGGAGUGCCAUCUGCUGGGCCCCUGGCAGUGCAAGACCAAAGUGUUUCCUCAACCAUCUCGCUCAUCUCCUGGGAAGAGAUCCCCUUGGCCCAUCAGCACGGCCACCUCACCCACUACACCAUCUACCUGAAGUCUCCCUCCUCCAGCACCCCCAGAGUCUAUGAGCCCAUUGGUGCUGGAGAACGGAGCUACGCUCUCAAGGACCUCGAUCCCGGGACUUCCUACCAGCUUUGGAUGAGUGGUUCCACCUCGGCUGGGGAAGGCGACAGCACCCUUGUGCAUGAAUUCCAGACUCCCGGUGCCCUCUGGCAGGUCUACGUAGCGGCUCUCUUGAGCGUGGGUUUCCUGCUGCUUCUCUCCGUCAUCGUGGUGUUCCUGAAGCGUGGAUGGUUCCUGGACUUUUUCCGCAAAGUCCUCCCGUUAUGGUGCUGGGAGCGAGUUCCAGAUCCGGGACACAGUCUGGUCAUCACCGAGUUGGAUCCACGGGGCACGGCACUCGCUAAGAUUUCCCAUCUGUCCAUCUCAACCAAACCCCCGGAGGAGCCAGAAAUCCUGGAAAUCUUAGAACCAGCCCCGUCGCAGACAAGCCGCCCGGCCCGGGUGGUGUUUUCCGAUUAUGAGAAGCAUUUUCUGCCUACCCAGGAAGAGUUGCAAGGACUGACGUGA